AUGUGGGCGCGUGCUGCUUUGGCUGGGUUGGCUGGGCGCAUUGGGGAAAAGGGAAGAGGCAUCGUGGUCGGCGAUGGGAGAUGGCUAAAUUUGGGGGCUGAGAAGGCGAGGGUGGGGGAGGAGGGUGCAGGUAUGUACAGUACACCUACGAUCGGUUCGCGGGUGACCCAUUCUCAUUGGCCAUGUGCACGCUGCAGGGCGAGGUCGUACCGUUUCGUCAUUGGGACGGGCAUGGGGAUUGGAGGCGGGAGUCGAGGCAAGGGCUUUGUGCAUCUGGCUGCCAGAGCAUCGGGUGGUGUGGGUGACCGAUGUGAUGGCGCAAGAGUCAAGGCUGGCCUCGUGGAAGAUUCCUUGGUGUCGCUUCCCUGUAUUGUGUUGUGUUGUGCCGUAGCACGAGUGUGGCGCAUUGCCGAUCCCGAGUCGACGAGAGAGCGGGUGGACGAAUGGGCGUGGGUGAGGGUGAAGGAAGAGUCGAAAUGA